AUGUCAAUUGCGGGCGGCGACGACCUCAGCGGCCUCAUUGAGGAUCUCGAAGAGGUGAAGAAAAAGAAAAAGAGAGAAAUCGAGAAGGGGACACACAAGAUUGCUGACACCCGGGUAGCCUCAAAAGUGCCAGCAAAGCGCCGAGGGACAAGCAUCAAGUCGACCGUCGAGACCGCAACCUCGCUGCUUUACGAUAGGGGAGUCCUCCCCGAUGAACUCGCCCGUCUUGUUGACCUCUUGACCAUCCGAAACCACCUCGACCAAGCCAGUCUCGGCGCUAUUGUCCGGAACCUGUACCCGUCGGGGAAGGUUAGCGAUGAGGUCGUCUUGCGUUGUGUCGGGGCGUUGGGGCACGGCCAACUCAAACCCACCCUGCCGCUCCAGGCUCUGUUGCUCCGAUGGCUUGUGAUGGUUUAUCACCUGCUGGAGAACCCGAACAUCCUGUCACAAUCUUAUGGUGUAUUGUUUAAUCUGCUGGAUACCGCUGCCAUCAGGCCCCAGUUAUGUCAUAUUCUUGCCCUAGUGACGAGGCGGAAACAUGUGAGGCCAUUCCGCAUUCAGGAAAUACUCGACGAGAUACAGCACCGACAGUCGGAGCGCCAAGAUGAAGGAGGCAUCAAAAACGGUUUCACUGUAAACCACUUGCUUGGUCGGCGGUUACAAGGGGCGAAAGUCUUGAUUCCGUCUGUCCGUACCAUGCACGUCCAAGAGAGCUCCGUUACCCUGGAAGAGAUUGACAAUGCCGAAUCCUUUGCCAAGAGGCUCGAAAAGAUUGAGCUGCCCACCCAGCUUGUUGCUGUGCUGGCGGAUCCGCUUCUCCAAAAGUUCUUGCUCCUCCGGCCAAACGCCGAAGCGUCGUCCCGUAUCAGCAACUGGUUGAUGGCAUGCUUGGGCGAUGUUGCCAGCGGUGAUGCCGACUCGGAGAUCCUCCUCGACAUGAUUGAAGUGGUCCAUGAUUAUGCGGUUGCCACCAAGGUUUGUACAGUCACCCAGUUUCUGAGCAUCUGGAACGGUGUUGAUAAACGGGAUAUCAUCUUGGAAUCUCUGAGCUAUAUUCCUAUGAUGGAGCCCGAAGCGCUCAACAAAAUCCUACAGGUUCUGGAGCAUGCGAUAUUGGACAACACGCCGGCUGCUCAAGUAUCCCUUCUCAGGUUUUACACCCUCCUCCUUCAACGGUGGACUAUCACCUUGGAAGCUACAAAGCGCCCCGUUUUCCUCCCCGGGCCUACGGUGGCCCCUCUUGUCUUCCGCGUCAACGAACUCGCCCUCACACUCACCCAAACCUCGCCAACCGUUAGCACUCACCUCCACAUUCUCGACUUCUACGAAGCCGCGACUACCCUUUACUCCAAAACGAAGCGCCUCCCCUACGCCGAAAUCGUCAACCCGCCCCCGCUGCUCGUCUACAUCCUCUUCCUCGGCCCUUCGCUUGCCGUCGUGUCCCGGCUCUGCGGCAUCCUCGCCACCUACAAGCGCGCAUGGGCGGUCGUCACGACACCCGGGGCCAAGCGGGAGAUGAGCAAGCUCGAGUCACUCCAGGUCAAGGUGUUCAACGGCUUCCUGAUGGACAUCUGCAACUGUCUGUGGCGCGGCCGCGCCUUUUCGACCACCGACACCAACGCCCAGGGGUGCCGCAUCCCAGAGCCCGCGCAGGCGGCGCUCAGGACCUACAUCCACGCGGCCGACUCGGACCUGUCGCUCGAGACGGCGUUUGGGCUCUCGCACUCGCCGCUGCUGUGUUUGCUCUCCGACGCGUACGUCAAGCAGCUGGAAGAGGACGAGAUGGAGGAUCUUCGCGCCAGGCACGCUGGGCCGGUGACGCAGCGUUCGCUGGGCCAGCUUGCCAAGAGAGGCGGGCUGAAUCUGUCGUGGCAGGAUUAUAGGUCGGGCGUGCUCUCGUACCUAGAAUCCAAGGGGUUCCCGGGCAUCCCUGAGUUGAUACGCAGCACGAUGAAGAGUGCUGGGAGGGCCGAGGGCGCGGCAACGAAGCAGUAG